AUGGCAAGUCUCAAUUGUUUUAUCUUGGUUCUCUUCAUUGCAUUGUCAUUUUCGGCUGGCGAAGCAGCUCGUAAUCUCCUGCAAUUGCCCAAUUUGCCUAAACCAACAUUGCCACCAUUGCCUUCCAUACCUACUCUGCCACAGCCCACAUUGCCAACCUUGCCAACCACUCAACCUUCCCUGCCUAAGCCCGCCUUGCCUCCACUUCCUAGCCUGCCGGCACUUCCAACAAGGCCUGCUGUCCCCAAGGUCACCUUGCCUCCACUUCCAAGCAUGCCUUCAAUCCCAACAAUUCCAAUCCCUACUGCAAUUCCCUCUAUUCCGUUCUUCUCCCCACCACCAGCUACAACUAAGCCUUGA